CCAAACCCUUUCUCCUCUUGAAGCUCAAUGGCUAGCGUUACAGAUACAGAUAGCAGUCAGCUUAUAUUAAUAAGACGAAGCAACUUUCCCGAAGACUUCGUAUUUGGAGCAGCAUCUUCAGCUUACCAGUAUGAAGGUGCUGUUUAUGAUUAUGCCCAAGGAGGUAUUGCUAUUGUUCAUGGCAAAGGGCCAAGUAUUUGGGAUACCUUCACUAAAAACCAUCCAGAGAGGGUUGUUGAUCACAGCAAUGGAGACAUAGCUGUUGAUGAGUAUCAUCGCUAUAAGGAAGACGUUGCCCUCAUGAAGGACAUAGGUUUUGAUGUUUAUAGAUUCUCAAUUGCUUGGUCAAGAAUUUUUCCAACAGGAAAGCUUUGUGGGGGUGUGAACCAACGGGGAGUUCGGUACUACCAUAAUCUCAUCGAUGAACUGCUUGCAAAUGGCAUCAAACCUUAUGUCACACUAUUUCAUUGGGAUGUUCCUCAAGAUUUAGAAACGGAGUACGGUGGAUUCUUGAAUCGUCAAAUUGGAGAUGAUUUUCAAGGCUUCGCAGAGUUUUGUUUCAAGGAGUAAAAAUGAAACAUUGGAUAACCUUAAAUGAACCAGUCAUGUUCGCAUCCAAAGGCUAUGCAACUGGAGAACUCGCACCCG